GUGGCUCUAGAGUUUUCUCUGAGCCACCUGAAGGAAAGGCUGGAGCUGCCAUUCAUGGAGCAGGGGGCCACCCAGCUGGGAGCAAGCUGGUUUUCGAGGCAUCCAGGAGUUCAGUGUUGGAGCCACUAAUGCUGAGAUGCACACUGGGCAUCCAGCUGGCCGUGUGGAGGAGAGCUGGGGAUGGAACCAGGGCCCUGUGCGUGCCAGGCAAGCACUCACAACUGAGCCCCACACCAGCCCUGCCCUGCUGAUUGACCGGGUUGAACUACCCAGGAUGCAGCUGCCCCCAAACCCAUGGAGCCGAGGCCUGUCACCAGCCACAAGGAGAAUGUGUCCCCGAGGCCUGUGGCUCCCCUGAGGCCAGAGCAACGGAGAUUCCUGAGGACCCUGGGUGUCAGCCUGGGCAGUGGCCAUGGCCCGUGGGUGCCCUUGUGCCGGGCUGCAAGGGGAGAACCCGCCGACACCUGCUCCCCAAGGGCAACACUAUGCCAGGAGCCCAGCCAGGUCCAGACCAACCUCACCAGCCCUCGUUCCCACCCAGCCCUGAAGGACACGCUGGGCCGGCUGGUGAAUUCCAGCUUCCCACAACAGAGCAACCUGCAGCCCUGCGCCCAGAAGGCCCUGGGACAGGAGCCUGCGGCCCAGCAGAGUAACCUGUGUCUGAGCCUGGCCACCAGCCCCCCACCCCAGGGCAGCCUCGGGGCGCUGGCCCCCUGCCUGUGGCCGGCACCCCCAGCCACAGAGCCCAGGCCCACUGCAGGCUUUGCCCCUCCCCAUGGGUGCACAUGGCCAGGCCCCCGAUUCUGGGGUGGCCUGGGGAGCUGGACCUCUAGGCUCACAGGGGAGCCCCUCACCCUGGAGGACCUGGCUGUCCCUGCCCAGAGACAAGCUUGGGACCCAUCCCAUGCUCCCACCCACCAGCUGCUGGCCUCUAUGCGGCACCUGGAGAAACAGGCAGCCUGUCCCAGGGGCCGGGUAUCCCGGGAGUCCCCAAGUCCUGCACAGCGGGGCCCCUGCCCUGGCUCUGGCCAAGUCCUUCCUGCCCGGCCCCAGCCCAGUUGGCCUGUUCUUGCUUCCUGGGAUGAGAGGAGAAGACACCCCAGAGGUCACAGGGAAACUGCAGAUCUCUGGGUGACUCACGCUGGUCACUCAGAUUCUCAGGCACCCAGCAAGCCAGUGUCACCCAAGACCACUUUGGGGAUGCGGACUGGGCCUCCUCAUGACUCCAAGCAGGCAAUCCUUCCUGCCCAGCCUCUCAGGUCGGGAGAUGAGAGACCCCCAGGGCCUACACAUGGCAGUGGGGACAGGGGGGACCCUGCUGGCUCUCCACGCUUCUCCAGCACAGCCACAGCCGGGAGCUUCCUACCUGGGUGGAAGGAGAAGUGCGCACCCCGAGGGAGCUGGGAGGGAGGACAGCUUCCUGAGCCCCAGAUCUACCAGCAGCUGCUGUCCAGAUGUUUCAGAGCCUGGAAACAUGUGUUGUGCAGGCAGUGGGUGGCGGUGGUGGCCAUGGCUCUGAGCCACAGCCAGCUGUUGCAAGAGGGCUUCCGGGAGCGGCAGUGGACCCUGUGGCUCCAGGAGGCCCAGCUGGAGGUGGCGUGGAGGCGACAUUGGAAGGCCCUGCUGGCCCAGAGCUUCCGAGAGUGGAGACUCCUGGCGCAGCAGCAGAAACAAGGGCAGCUCCGUAUCCAGGCUGAGCUUGGACCUUGCACUUCCUGGGAGCCAAGGACCAAAUCCCUGCUGGGGAAGAGCGGCAGCGGGGUGCCCCCCACCCCGGGCAGCAGGGCAGGGAGCCAGAAGGAGGAGGAAGGAGCCUGGCCUCCUCCAUCACAGCCUAGGCAGAGACUGUACAGUGGAGAUGAUGAAGACGGGAGAGUCCAGACCCUGCAGGUCCUGCAGCAGCUGGCAGGACUCCAGGGACUGAGGCUGAAAGCGGCCAUCCAGGCGCCCCGGGGGAUGGCCUCAAGGUGGCCUGAGCAGGUGACAAGCCUGGUUCUCACAGCAACCCAUUUUACUGAGGAGAAGCCAAGACUGAAUGGCGCAGGGCUCACCCCGCCUGGAGAUGAUGCCUGGUCCUUGGCCGGGGCUGCCGCUGUGGGAUGGACCCUCACCUUCUACUGUCCUAGGUGCUUCAGGACCUGGCAGCAGGUCGUGCAGAGGGGCCAGUGCCAGGGCCACCUGGCUGAGUGUCCUGUGAGGAUCCUGAGGAGGUGCCUGGGACAGUGGGUGGUGCGGAUGAGGCAACUCCGAGCCUCAGAGGAGGCGAAGGUGACCCAGCUGUCCCUCUGGCGGCAGAGGAGGGUGAGGGACCUGGCCCUCUGGAGCUCAGCCCACGACGUGGAGACAGUGGCCUGGGUGUCCCUGCAUGGUGCCUGCUGGAGACUGGCCCUCCGCCGGGCCCUGCUGCUCUGGGGCACGCAGCUGUCUCAGGGCCAGCGGGCCAACCGGCCAUUAUGUCAGAGUCCUGGGAAUGGGGGCAGCCGGGGGCGAGCGUGGGGCCCAGACUCACCCUCCCUCCGAAGGAUGCUGGAGUCCCCAAGCUCCCGGACGCUGUCCUGCAUCCUCCUCACCUGGAGCCACUGGACGGCAGCCCAAGGGGCCUGGUGAGAGCUGGCCGCCCGCCAGGCCUGGGACCGGAGAUGCAGGGCUGCCCUGGGCCUGUGGUGGCAGCGGUUGGCACAGCUGCAGGAGGUGGAGCGGUGGACUCAGGACCGGGGCCAGGGCUGGGCCCAGGAUGCUCUGCACCACUGGGACACCUGCUGGCAGAGCGAGCCGGGGACCUGGCUGGGCACUGCAGGACAGCUGCUCCUGCGUGAGAAAUACCAGACAUGGGUGCAUGGCCACCUCCAGGGCCUGCGGAGGGCCGUGUUCCAGUGCUGGCUGCAGGAGGCGGCUCGGUUCCUUUCGGAUAGAUGCGACCUACAACUCAGGCAGCUGCUCUCUCCCCUGCUCCUCUUUUCUGGCCACUUCCAGGCCUGGUGUGAGUUUGUGAGAGACACAGGGCUGCCCAGGGCCCUGUGUCCAGCCUUCCGGGAUGCCCUGAGGAGAAGAGCCACCUGGCGGGAGGCCCAAGGGCUGAUGGCCGGGCCACAGGAGCAGCGCCUGGUCCGGCCCUGCGUCCUGCGCUGGAGGAGCCGAGGGCAGCAGGGCCAGGCAGACAGACAGCAGAGGAGGGCCCGGGCCCGGCAGGCCUUCGGGGCAUGGCGAGUGGCCCUGGGCCAGUGCCGUGAGGCCCAGCAGGUGGCCCUGUGCUGGACUCUGGAGCUCAGUGGAGCCCACACUACCCAGAGCCUGAGUGCCCAGGGCCUGGAGGAGCAAGCACAGGCCCAGGCCCUCUCCCUGGCCUUGAUGGGUCAUGAUGCCUUGGCCACCAGAAGUACCCACGGUGCUGGAGCCUUGAGUUCUGCUCUGCAAAUUCCAGGCCUCACACUCCGGCAAGGCAACUGGGACAGGCCUGGAGGGCGUGGCGGCGGCAAGUCCUGCAGCUGCGAGUGGCCAGGCGGCUACAACAGCAAGACAGCUGGCUCCUUUCCCAGGUAUAGCAGUGGCCCGGUGCUGGCCUUCCAACCAGGGUUCCGGGCCUUUGAGAGAUGGCACCAGCACCUGGCAGCCAGGAGCCCAAAGAGAGGAGCCACCAGCAGCCCAGGCCCCGGGCAGCCAGCUGGGCCCCACUGGGUGCAGGUCUCCCCACUGAGCUAG